AGAGGUAACUACCGGGUUAUGACUCUACAUAGGUUAAUGUACGCCCAGAAGUGCCGAACCUUCGGCCCACAUCCGGAUUGGAAACAUAUAUAUUGUGAAGCCAGCGCGUUACAAACAUUACAAACACAUCUGGACUACUUGGUCAAAACAAAGCGGAAAUAUGAAGAUUGGUUCAAGCGUAGCAACGGUGUUGCUGAUAAUUGGAUUGGCAGCCCUUAUCGAUGGAUGCGGUCGUACCGACAAAUGUCGAUCCGUGAAAUGUGCUGAAGUUGACUGCAGCGACUCAUUCAUCCCUACAGGAAAAUGUUGUCGGCAAUGCCCGAGCGUGCCGCUAUGUGACAAGAAAUUCAAACAGCCGCAGUCAGAAGUAUACAAAUCGGAGAGAAUCCCAGCGAACCGAACCCUGGUAGGCACGUGCGCCUAUGACGUAGGAACCUGUCCGACGGGAACAUGUCGAUUAAACAUAUUUCGCCAUAAAACUUGCCCCGAUGAUGGAAUAAUAUGUCCCGUGGUAGAAAAACGCAAAGCUGAAUGCGGCUUGUUUGGAACUAAGGAAGUGUCGUACGUUACCGGCUGCACGUGCUGUAAAGAUACUGGUAUUAUCGUUGUCGGAACAGUGAAGGACUUCUCGACAUUAGCACCACUUUCUGGUAUGACUGUCAGUAUAAAUACGAAUGGCAUUGAUGCUACCAACGACCUGGGCAUAUUUACUGCCCAAAUAGCUGCAACAACGCAGGUUGUGAUACAGGUCACCGAUCCAUCAGGAGGCUACGUAGUUACUGUGAAAAUAGUUGAUCUCCCUGAGACAUACAGAGGUACCCUGGAUGUAGAAAUCAAAAUGAUCAAAGCGGCUCCAUCGGUCACUGUUGAUCCCAAAGUAGACAACACUCUUUCUAUUUCGGGGAACCCCCGUGAUGCUGGACAAGGCGUCGCUCAGCUUGUUAUUAAAGCUAAUUCCAUCACGGAUAUCAGAGGUUAUCCGUACAGUCAGGAUGUGAAGAUCAGCAUUACGGCACCUAACGUUAAUGACACGUUUACGGAUGAAAUCGGACAGUUCCUUACAAGUGACGGUGAACCGCUCCUUUCUGACGGAAUCCUCAAGGUCGAUUUAAGGACACAGUCAGGCGAUCCAUUGAGCGGCCAAGUCGUAUUUAGGGUGAGACAGGGUAUGGCGCUUUGGUUGCUGGAUGAUGCUACCGGACGAUGGACCUUGGCCCCAACAACAAAGGUUAAUCGUCGAAAACGACAGAUAGGUCUGACGGAUGAUUUGCUGACACAGAUCAAUACCGGAAACUGGUAUAAUAUCGACAAGAUCCCUGGGGUCCCCAGGUGCUAUUUCAAGGCGAGGGUCUUUUAUGAAAAUCCAGCGGACGCUGCCAACCCGGCAACUUUCACUCCAGGGGUCGUUGCCUAUACACCAAACAACGAAAGGCUGAGACUCUACUUCCCGUAUACAAGCGAUCUUGAUAACACGUGCUUUGAGGUUCGAUGUAUUGAUUUUAAUCCAGCUAAUCCAACCAAUGUUCUGAUCGGACUUAUUAGUCUCAAAUCAACGGAAACAGUUUCUAUCGGCGGAGGCUCUAUUCCGGUUACGACGGACUUAAGACCAAAAUAUUUGUCUUCCUACUCUUCAGCUAUUGAAGUUGCUCACUUAACUAUACAGUACGAUGUCCUUUCGAAUCAAAAGGAAGUUUUCGUCAAUUUCAUUUCAAAUCCAACUGGUGGGUUCUACGAAGAUCUAUCAACAUGUCAGAACUCGACCAUCGAUCAACCAGCCUUCCAUUUUAUCAAACCAAGCCUGCCGGCUUACGAGCCAGUAACAAACGGUACUGAACUGUGUACCGCGAGAGUCAAUUUUACCGCAGGCUACAAUUUCUCGGCGACAAUCGAUGGUCUACCAAGCAUGCCUGGUUUUACUGCCACAAGCGCCUGGUCUUCUGCGGGAUCUAAUUUCUACUACACGUACUCCACUACCAUCCAGAAGGCCAACAACGGUGUACAGGAUUUCUAUUAUGCAUGUAUCCAGUACCGAUGCAGUGAAGGGCUAGAGAACACAACUGUCUAUUUGAAUAUCAAUAUUCCAACGGUACAGUACUUCGAUAAUUUCACCAACAAUGUCACAGAAACACCAGCGUUCUAUUGUUGGGGAUCAUGCAGUGGAUCAUUUUGCGAUCAAAAGUUCGGCAACACGGAUAUUGAAGGCUCUUUUAUUGCCCCGGAACUUAUGCCAGGAAGAAACGGUCCUGAUUUCUUCGAAGGCACGGAUCUUGCGGAGUGUGCCGCAAAGAACGCAACAGAACCGUUCGCGUAUACAUUCUAUUGCUCUGCUUACUACAGGGGUAAUGAUCGCGAAUUUUGAAAUAACUGUUGACUGGUAUGGCAUGUGAAUUUAAUUGUCGCAGAUGAGAAUAUAUGUGUGGAGGAAAAGUACAAAAUCAAUUUUAGUGUCACGUUUAUAAAUCAAGUGAUAACGUUUACUUCAAUGUUUAAUCGUGUUGUUUUGCCCUACCUGAGCAGGAUUGUUUAAUCAUGCGCAUUAUGUGGUUGGCAACAUCUGAUAUGACUCAAUAAAAGCCACAAAACAAGCGUUGAAAAUCGCAUGAACACCAAUCUUUUUUGUUAACAACAUUAUUCUUGUAAAAAGUGUAUUAUUGUGUGGUACAUGUUAUAUUUUUAAAUAAAAAUAUAUUUAAUGAA